AUGAGAUUGUUUCCGUCGGUCAACUCUUUCAUCUUGUGUGCAACGAAGUCUGGAGGAAAAUGGACACUCCCAAGAGAGUGUCUUCUAGUCCUAAGGAUCAGCCUACUAGGAAACAACGGAAGGGAGGAACCCGGUUCGGGGGACUCUUGUUGCUUUUCUUGCCACAUUGAAUAUGCCCUCCUGAGCGGGAAGGUGGGAGUUGUUAAUCUUGGACAGUUGAUGCAGCUGGAUGGAGGCUAUUGCUGUGCUUCCCGUGGCAAGGUUUCUGGGAUAAUUUGGAUUUUCCUUAGUUACUGGCUCUUGGAAGAGAUUUCCAGAUUUCAAGAACCCGAUCAAAUUAUCGCAGAAGCUAAGGACAAAUUGGAGACACAGGCUGGCAUGGGUCAAGAACAAAUCUGUGGUGGAGAUAUUAGAAAAUGUUCUGGGGAUCCUAAUUUUCUUAAGCCAGAUACUUUACUUGAAGACAGGUUGUCAUCCAUUCCAAGGGUGAUUGACUUGAAUGUUUCUCCAGUGCCCUAUCUGAAUGAAGAGUUUACGCCUCCUGUUGAGUCAUUUAGAAACAACUGGAAUAGUUCUAAACCGUGA